AUGGCCAUCGCACAACAUGGCGGCGGCGUGGGUACGGCACACGUCAACAUGAUGACGGAUACUAUCAUCGCCAAUCUCCCUGCCGAUGGUCUUCGCGUGGUAAUGAGGUCGCUCUUGGUAUUGUUUCCGGAAAUCACACGCGCUUUUGAAUGCGAGACGAGAAAGUAUGUUGAACAGAGAGCUACGUCUUCGAUAAUAGGAAAAGACAAAAAGCCCAGUCUUGCCGAACUGAACAGGACGCAACAAAUCGCCCGCAGUAUGCUUGGCUGUGGACUCUCAUUCGAGAGCCUUCAAUUAUUUCAGAACCUAGUUUCUCAGGGAACGUUUCUUAUACCAAGGACCAGCGAUGACAGUCGUGGCGAACUGUAUGCCUUUUUGACAAGCGUGGAUGGCGACAUCGUACAAGCAAUGACUGCGGUUCAAAAAUCUCUUUUUAUAAAUACUGGCGCACGGGUAAUGAAUAAUGGAGAGCACUCCUCGGUGGAAGCUCUCUAUCAGUCAUUGACAAGCUGUUAUGCUACCCUAAAAGCAACGGAGCAAGAUUAUCCCUUUGGACGAAGUCUAGUAUCAACGGCUGGUAUUCUUGGGCUACCCCGACCAGCACUUCUAGAUGCACAUCAGGAUGUCAGCAAACAGACCUCUAUGACACCGUUACCUCUACAAGCAAAAGAAACUUUUCAACUUAAUGGACACGAAGUUCCACGAAUAUUUUCGGGGCUUUGGCAAAUGUCAAGUCCUGCGUGGGGGGCUGCAUCGUCCUCUAAGAUUGUGGAACAAUUCUCAAGUCAUGUUCAACAAGGUUUUACAGCAUUUGAUAUGGCUGACCAUUACGGUGACGCUGAGAUCAUUUUUGGACGCUUUUCAUCCCUGUACCCCCACAGGCAUAAAAUAUUUACAGCAACAAAGUACUGCGUUUUUCAUCCAAUGACUGUGUCUCGAGAGGCAGUACAAGAAAAUGUCACAGAGCGUUGUCGCCGAUUGCAGACAGAGAAGAUUAAUCUGUUACAGUUUCAUUGGCAAUUUUAUCAAAAUCCGGACUAUCUAAAAGCUCUCAGAUUUCUAACAGAAGAUGAUCGGGUUGAAACAGUCGGUCUUUGCAAUUUUGAUACGAAGCAUCUCCUUGAGGUGGUCCAAUCUGGCAUUAGAGUAUACACCAACCAAGUCCAGUUUUCUCUCGUCGAUUCUCGGCCUAUUUUCGAAAUGGGGAACGCUUGUGAGGAGCACAAUAUCAAGCUCUUGACAUAUGGCACACUGUGUGGUGGGUUUCUUGCCGACAAAUGGCUUGGAAAACUUGAGCCAGAUAUAUACGAUGGAUCAAUCACACCCAGCCAACGAAAGUAUUUCGAAAUGAUACGCAGUUGGGGUGGCUGGGAUCUCUUCCAAGAGUUGCUAACAGUGUUGCGCGUUAUUGCCACAAAACAUCAGGUCGACAUAUCAAAUGUCGCUACUCGCUGGGUGCUGGAUUUUCCCUAUGUCGGCGCAGUCAUUGUUGGUGCACGUAUGGGCAUAAGCGAACAUACAAAUGAGAAUUUGUCCAGUUUUGGUUGGUCUCUCGAUCAAUCAGAUCAUGAUAUGAUUGAACAGAUCUUAAUACGAAGCCAAAGGUCUGAAAUAUUUCACAAAGUAGGUGAUUGUGGAGCAGAGUAUAGGUAG